GUGUGUGUGGGAGGGGGGAUGUGUUUGCUUCUCCUUUGUGAAUAUUGGGAUAUGUUCCUCUUUGUGUGUGAAUCCCGUGUGGCCAUGUGCGAUUUGUUUGUUUUGGGUGUUUGGCUACGUUCGAGUGUGGAUGGGUCUCGGUGUGUUUCGGUCUGUUUCUAUAUUGUCUGUGAACGCUUCUUAACCUGAGACACAGUCAAGUCCCAGCCUCGGCGAGGACUUCUACCGGGAGGCCAUCGAGCACUGCCGCAGCUACAACGCGCGCCUGUGCGCCGAGCGCAGCCUGCGCCUGCCCUUUCUCGACUCGCAGACCGGUGUGGCCCAGAACAACUGUUACAUCUGGAUGGAGAAGACCCACCGCGGGCCUGGUUUGGCCCCAGGACAAAUCUACACUUACCCCGCCCGCUGUUGGAGAAAGAAACGGAGACUCAACAUCCUGGAGGACCCCAGGCUGCGGCCCUGCGAGUACAAGAUCGAUUGUGAGGUACCCCUGAAGAAGGAGGGUGGCCUUCCGGAAGGGCCCGUCCUCGAGGCUCUGCUGUGUGCCGACACAGGAGAGAAGAAAGUGGAGCUGAAGGAGGAGGAGACCAUUAUGGACUGUCAGAAACAGCAGUUGCUGGAGUUUCCGCAUGAUCUCGAGGUAGAAGACUUGGAGGAGGACAUUCCCAGGAGGAAGAACAGGGCCAAAGGAAAGGCAUAUGGCAUCGGAGGUCUCAGGAAACGCCAGGACACGGCUUCCCUGGAGGACCGAGACAAGCCCUACGUCUGUGAUAUCUGUGGGAAGAGGUAUAAAAACCGACCGGGGCUCAGCUACCACUACACCCACACCCACCUGGCUGAGGAGGAGGGGGAGGAGCACACUGAGCGCCACGCCCUGCCUUUCCACCGGAAAAACAACCAUAAACAGUUUUACAAAGAAUUGGCCUGGGUCCCUGAGGCACAGAGGAAACACACAGCCAAGAAAGCACCAGACGGCACUGUCAUCCCCAAUGGCUACUGUGACUUUUGCCUGGGGGGCUCCAAGAAGACGGGGUGUCCCGAGGACCUCAUCUCCUGUGCAGAUUGUGGGCGAUCAGGACAUCCCUCGUGUUUACAGUUCACGGUGAACAUGACGGCAGCCGUACGGACUUACCGUUGGCAGUGCAUCGAAUGCAAGUCCUGCAGUCUGUGUGGCACGUCAGAGAAUGACGGUGCCAGCUGGGCGGGUCUCACCCCCCAGGACCAGUUGCUGUUCUGUGAUGACUGCGACCGGGGUUACCAUAUGUACUGCUUGAACCCUCCCAUGGCGGAGCCCCCGGAAGGGAGCUGGAGUUGCCACCUCUGUCUUCGGCACUUGAAAGAGAAGGCCUCUGCCUACAUCACCCUCACUUAGGCCUGGCUCUGAUUCUCCAGGACCUUUGGGUGGUGCUAACUUUCCUGCCUCGAGGAGCUCCUGCUCUUCCCACCCGGUGUCCCCAGUGGGAGGGAGAGGGUGGAGCCCAGAGGGAACCAAGGUGUUCUCCCUCUGCAAGUGGAUGUUACCCUGUGGGUGGGCGGGUCCUUAGGGCUCCUCUGCCCCUCUCCAUCCCUUGGCAAAUGGGCACCAGGGGCUUCUGCUCCCCUCAAAGCCAUACCCCGCCUCCGGGCGGGCAUAGGGAGGUAGUGGAUGCCAGCUGGGGCCACGGAAAGAGCCUUUUUCUAAAGAAAAAGACAAAAAGUAAAAAGAAAAAAAAAAGAAAUUAAUAUAUACAAAGAGUCCUAUAAAGCCUGGCUGGGUGAGGGCAGCGGAGUGUCUGCUGGG